ACAUCCGAGCAGAUUUUUCGCUUGCCGUAUAGCUGAAUGUUAUAUCACAAGCGAGGCUCACACCGCGGGAGAUGGCGGUUAGUGCUGUGAGAUAUCUCACUCUCCUUGUGCUCUGCAUCGGGCUACGAUCUCACUAUGCAAAGGCUCAAAACAACAACAAAACCCUUAGGGAUCUCUUUAAUAGUACGUCUUGUGCCACACCGCCUUACAUUUGUCCACAUCCACAGAUAGAAUUCUAUCUGUAUACCAGAGAAACCCAAAAAACUCCUCUUCUGUUAGAUGUUCGAGACUUCGAUUCGCUUCAAAAUUCCGAAUUUAACAAGAACCAUCCCACAAAAAUUAUUAUUCAUGGUUUCGGCGGUGGGCGAAACUUAGCACCUAGCACGGAUUUACGAAAAGCAUAUUUCACGCGAGGCGAUUACAAUAUUAUAAUUGUGGAUUAUGGUUCGUUGGUACGCGAGCCUUGUCUAUCGCAGAUCUCGUGGGGACCGGACUUUUGUUCCCAAUGCAUCGCUCAGUUAGUGACGUACUUGAAGAAUCAUCCACGUGGCACAAGGGUGGAAAACAUACACAUACUCGGAUACAGCGUGGGUGCGCAUAUUGCCGGACUGGUCGCGAAUUAUUUGCCCGAUGACAAACUCGGAAGAAUUACGGGCCUCGAUCCAACGAUAUUUUUCUACAUGAACGGCAACCGAUCGAUGGAUUUAGACGAGACAGAUGCCCAUUUUGUGGACGUGAUUCACACGGGAGCCGGUAUUCUGGGCCAAUGGGGACCCAACGGUCACGCGGACUUUUACGUAAACGGCGGCUCGAGUCAACCCGGAUGCGCCACUUCUUCCAUACUCCAAACACUCUCGUGCGAUCACACAAAAGUGACACCGUACUACAUAGAAUCAAUUACGACAACAAAGGGAUUCUGGGCGGCACCGUGCGCAAAUCUCUUCUCUUAUCUAAUCGGAUGGUGCAAUCCCAAAAGAGAAGAGUACAUCUUGAUGGGGGAGGAUACUCCUCAUACAGCGCGCGGCAUCUUCUAUCUGUCAACAAACGCACACAAACCGUACGCCCGAGGACUGCCCGAAAAAAGCCAGCGUCGGACAAGUCGGAAGCGAUCGUCCUCCCGCCAGUAUUAAGUCUGCUGAAGCAACUGAUCAACAUAAUUAUAGAGUAGAAUGUGGAUCUGGUCGUUUUUUUUUUUUUUAAGCAUCUCGUAUUGCUUUUUUUUUACAUAGUUAUGGCGCACAUUGUACAUUUGUAGUCGUUAGAUCUUGUUACGUCUUUCUUUUUUCUUCGUCCUUUUUCUCUUAUUUAAAAUAUUUUACUUGACUGCUGUAAAAAGCGUAAAUUUUGCGGAUUUUGCGCCGCGUUAAGACAGCGACGAUCAAAAUCGCCGUCCAAGCGAUGGAAUAGAUUAAGUAUAACAAUAUGUAAUUUAUAACUCUCGUGUGUUUUUACUGUAUAAUUAAUUUAAGUCUGUUAGAAAUACGAAAUAUAUAUUUUUAACUUAUACAAAAAGAACUUCCUCUGGUGCGUAUGUUUGCGUUAAGAGGCCGUGCAAUUUUUUUAUUUGUAAUUCCGAUCUCUUUCUACUUACCGCACACACGUUUAAACUAAUGAUUACACACACGCGGGUACGUUUGCAACAACAUCAAGCCAUUUAUGUUAACAACAAUAUUUAUUACAUAAUAAUUAUUACGGUAUAGUAAUAACUUCUAUAGAUUUACAAUACAUUGUCGCACUAAACCUUAAUAGUAUGUAAUAUAAUAUGCGGUGGAAUGAUUACAGGUUUUCAUCGAUACAUUCACGUUUCAAAUCGGAGUCUCUUUGAUGAUUCCAAUUUAAAAAUGGAUUCUCUUCGCGCGAGAGUGUUCAAAUGUUUUUCCUCUUUCUUCCGUCUUUUUCUCUUUAAAAGAAAUGAUCUCGUAUGGAUUGAUGAUCCUGUCGCAAAUGAUGCUCGCGACGUCGUCUGCACUAACGUGUACAAUAUGUGUGUGUGUGUGUGUGUGUGUAUACAUACAUACGUACAUACAUACGUGAAUACACACAUUUACGCACAUUUAUGUCGCAGACAGAUCACUGAAUUGUUCGCAGGAAAAAGAGAGAGAAAGAGAAAAUUAAAGAAAGUUUUGCCAUCUAACGGUUUUCCAAAAGAGAAUCGUAUAGAUAGAAGGGUAACUUUCUUUUUCUCUUCGCCGAACUCUUCAGUAUCCGUCUUAACGUACGUUGAUAAGAUCUCGAUACACCUACUUAAUUUAAUGGAAUUUACAAACGACGCCCAACGAGCAUCCUCCCGACGAUAUAUCACGUUAGCCAAAAGAAAAAUGUGUAUAAGACAAAAUAUUACCUUGUCGUCGUCAAAAUUGAAUCUUGAUAAUCUCUCUUGAUGAUACAAACAGUCGACACAGUGCAAAAAGUGUAAAUAUAAUUAUUUGCGUUAAUUAAAAAAAAAAAGUAACUAACAGGUUUUAAUUUUGUUACAGAGAAGAGUUGUUGAAAAUCGAUUUUUUUCUUGAACCAAAAAUUAAAAAAAAAAAAAAAUCGAAUCAACACUCAAUUGCUCUUUUCAUUUUAUGUUUCUUUUGCUUGCGAUAGUAUUUCGGUAUUUUCAAAGGAUGAUUAUUGUUAUUGUGCUGCUCCGACAGUUUUUUUUUUUUUUUUUCAACUACAUAAUAUGGCAAGAGAACGUUGCGUACAGCUGUAUACACCGUCGAGCACAUAUAUAUAUAUGUAUAUAUGUAUAUAUAUCGUCGUUGCAGCGCGGAACUGAAUCAAAAGAGAUACAAACGCAGUGCUCAUAAAAUAGCUUCAAUCGCAUCGAAGACA